UUAAAGAAAAUAAAAUAAAUAAUCGAAUUUUAGUUGGGGGAAGUAGGGCUUCGUCUUCCGUGGUGUGCGGACCCAGUGCGGUGCAGGUGCUCAACUCGGACAGAAAUGGUGAAGUCACCUAAGAGCGACGACCACGACCACGAAGAGUUCGAAGAAUGCGACGUCGUUGGCACAAACGGCUCCUGUUCUCGCAGCGGGGAUGGGAAGAGCAAGGAUCAGAAAACGACGGCGCAUCGGUCCAAGCAUUCCGAGACCGAGCAGCGGAGGAGGAGCAAGAUUAACGAAAGAUUUCAGAUUUUGAGAGAUAUUAUACCACAGAAUGAUCAAAAACGAGACAAGGCUUCGUUCUUGUUGGAGGUUAUCGAGUACAUUCAGUUUUUACAGGAUAAAUUAAAUAUGUACGAAGGACAAUACCAUGGGUGGAGUCCAGAGCCAAAAAAAUUGAUACCAUGGAGAAAUAAUUGUGGGCCUGCAGAGAGCAUUGUUGAUCAUUCUCAAGUUAUAGAGAAUGGAUUUGGCCUUGAGAAUAAUGUUGCCCCACCAGCUUUGCUUACAAAUGCACAGAACACACUGGAAUCUGAAUUGGGCACAGCUGCAGUUUACAAAGCACUGAAUCACCCCACUGGAUCAGCUACUCCAGCCGUUCCUUCCAAUUUGCAAAUGAAGCCAAACAUAUUUGAUCCUGUUGUCAGGGGAGGUGUGCCUGCUUGGUCUUUGCACGAAUCGAUUUCUGAUGCUGAAAACAUGCCCUCCCAGCCCCAAUCCCAAUGGUGGCAUGCUAGACCUUACCCAACCGAGGAUGCUGCUCAAAAUAAUAUCAGUGAACAUGAGUUGGCUGUUGAUAGUGGAUCAGUUAGCAUCUCAAGUGCCUAUUCCCAAGAGAUAUUGAAUUCUCUGACCCAAGAGCUUCAAUCUUCAGGUGUUGAUUUGUCACAAGCCAACAUUUCAGUACAAAUUAAUGCUGGUAAAUCUGCAAAUAGCGCACUGAAUGCCGUAGCAUCUAAUUCAAAGGUGAUGGCACAUACUGCAGUUGGUAGCUGCCAUAAUGACUCCGGAUUAGCUCAUAAGAGGCUCAGAACAGAAGAAAGCUAGUGUAUUAUUCUGGUCUCCAUUUUCUCUUUCUGAUUUAAUUUUUUUCCUUUUCUUUUUUGGUUUUUUAUUUUUUGCCCGGGCCCUGAGUGGGGAUGGUGUUGGUCAAUUUUGCCAUGUAAUGGUCUCCAGAGAACUAGAGGGCUCAGAUCAAUUGUACAUGUUGAUGCUCUUUGGUUUGCCAGGUUGCAUGGACCAUCUUAGAGACGUAUUUUAGUAAAUGAUUUUGUUGUACUUUUGAGUUCAGGUCAUGAUUCUAUGAAUAUACAAUGGGAAGCUACUUUCAUUUUUCAUUGAUUCAUUUUUUACAUG